AUGGCGCUUCAGUAUCUUCAAUCUUUAGAGGAGAAUAUUGUCAGUCCUCCGUCAAGCAGUACGCCUGUUUACAAGGAUGACUGCAUGUUCUCUUUCGAAACGCCGCUCGACAAGAAUGGUCUUGAUAUCUGUAUGCACUGUUUCCAGGCAUUUUCGAGAGAUGGACUUGAUUACACCCACCAGCACGCGCAAUUCUUCAGCCACUCGCUGUAUCUAAAUUACAGAAAGAUUCCAAGGAAGCAGGCAGAACGGAACUCGGAACAGCCAUUAAAGAUGGUCAAAUUGGAGAUCAAAGAGCAAACAGAGGACGAGCUAUUUGAAACCAAGACACAGAUAUAUUGCGCCGAAAUUGACCAGACUGUGGACUAUCCUACUGAAGGGAUUCCUUCCCAAAUUGCCACUUGUGCCGCAGCCAUUCUAAAAGCAACUUCUAGCGGUAAAAAGCAGGAGAUCAAGGCAUGGGAGCAGGAAAUUGUCCCCUGUCAACACGCUUUUGACAUUGAACAAAAGCCACUUGCGGAACUCGACACAAGCCAGUGCGCUCAGUGUGGAUUGAAGGAAAACCUAUGGAUCUGUGUCACAUGUGGGUCUAUCGGCUGUGGUCGGGCGCAAUUCGGCGGCGUUGCUGGAAACUCUCACGCAUUGAAGCAUCACGAGUCGUUUCCGGACCACCACAUUGCAGUCAAGCUUGGGUCUCUGUCAUUGAACUCUGCCGAUUCCUAUUGUUAUACUUGUAACGAUGAAGUCAAAGUUCCAGAUCUUGUCAGGCUUCUUGCUACCUUUGGCAUUGACAUUUCUCAGACCAUCAAAACAGAGAAAACACUUACAGAGCUGCAAAUUGAGCAAAAUAUGAAAUGGGAUUUCAACAUGUCUGACGAGAGCGGAGAAGUGCUCGCGCCGGUGUUUGGCAAGGGGCUCACAGGUAUUAAGAAUCUUGGGAACUCGUGCUAUCUAUCGUCUGUCUUGCAGGUGCUAUUUUCCGUUCGCAACUUUUCGUCAGCAUUUCAUAUAGAGGAGGGAAUGCCGGUGGAAAAGAUCCUUAACCCGGGAGACCCCUCCACAGACUUGGAAACCCAGCUAUUCAAACUAGGAGACGGGUUGCUCUCUGGAAGAUACUCAGUCCCCGAUGAGCUGACGACCGAGAAAGUCAGAUUCCAGCGUGGGAUCAAGCCUCAGGGGUUCAAAUCCUUGAUUGGUGAGGGCCACCCCGAGUUCUGUACUAUGCAACAGCAGGACGCAUUUGAGUUCCUGCUCUAUUUAUUGGACAAAAUUGAAACACAGAAAUUGAAUGGAGUCUCUGCAACCGGCCCCACCCAGGCCUUUGAUUUUGUAUCAGAGAAUAAGAUUAAAUGUCAGGGAUGUGGUGGCGUGAGACUCGCCAAAGAGCUUACCAACAACAUUCGUCUGCCUGUGCAGGACAAGGUUUUACAUGUUGGUGAUGAUGGGAAGAAGGUUUACAGCGAAGUGCGUUUGGAAGACUGUCUUUCGGAGCUGACUACGUCCGAAACGAUUGAAUACCAAUGCCCAAAAUGUCAAAGGCUCCAGCCUGCCUCCAAAAAACAAGGAUUCACGUCGUUUCCUGAAUAUCUGAUUGUAUCUCCUCAAAGAAUUAAACUUGAGAACUGGGUGCCUAUAAAAUUAGACGUCCCUAUAAAAUUUGAAGAGAAAAUAGACCUCUCAAAGUUCAAAUCAUCCGAUCUGCAAGCAGACGAAGAACUGCUCCCCGAAGAUGACGCUUCCUCCUCGUUUUCUUUUAACCAGGAUGCAAUGAAUGCUUUGUUGGCCAUGGGCUUCUCUGAAAAUAGGUGCAAGAGAGCCCUUUACACCACAGGAAACAGCGACGCAGAGACAGCAAUGAACUGGCUGUUUCAGCACAUGGAGGAUCCAGACAUCGACGAUCCCUUUGAGCCUGCAACAGCAUCCGCCCCAAAGGUUUCGGAGCAAGAGCUGGAAUCGCUCAUGUCUAUGGGAUUCAACGCAAAACUGGCAACCAAAGCGUUGGUGCUGAACAAAGGUAGCAUCGAACAGGCGGUUGAGUGGUUAUUCGCCAAUCCUGACGACGAUGGUGAAAUCAGUCAGGAGGGCGCUGGUUCGCCGCAGAAGCGAAUUGAAGAAAUGGAGUCAAAUGCUGCACGUAGCGCAAAGUACACUCUGAAGGGCGUCAUCUGUCACAAGGGAGUCACAAUUCACUCUGGCCACUAUGUCGCCUUUCUGAAGAAACAGAUCGAAGGUGAGGAGAAAUGGGUGCUAUUUAAUGAUGAGAAGGUCGUAAUUCCGAAUGAGAAGAGCAUCAAGGAAAUCGAGAAAUCGGGCUACAUUUACGUGUUUGAGAAGCUGGGGCUCUGA